CCAACAUGUUGGAUUUGUUUGAUACUGAUACACACACACACUGGCAACAAUGAGAGCUGCUACAAUAGACACAAGCAUGGAAGGACUGAUCCAUUCAAAAAACCUUGAGCCGGCCAUGGGAAAAGACAACAUGAAAAGGACUUGGAGGUCAAGGAUGCUCUUUAAGAGUUUUCCUCUGAGAGAAGCCUCACGUGGCACAGCGCGGAGAAAUGCAUACAGGCCAACCGCUGAAGAAGUAAGUCAAUGGGCAGAGUCUCUGGACAACUUACUGAACAGUAAAUGUGGACUGACCGCAUUUCGCCUCUUUAUGGAGUCGGAAUACUGCGUUGAGAAUAUCGAGUUUUGGGUGGCCUGCGAAGAGUUUCGAAAGAUCAACUCCAGAUCAAAACUCAGAUCCAAGGCAAAAAGGAUAUAUGAAGAAUUCAUCAGAGAAGAUUCACCAAAAGAGGUCAACUUGGAUUUCCGCAUGAAGGAAACCGUCGACCAGUGUCUUCUGUUACCAACACCGACCAGCUUCCAAGCCGCUCAAAACAAAGUAUAUUUCCUGAUGGAACACAACUCGUACCCUCGCUUCCUGGAGUCUGAACUCUACCGUCACCUUUGUAAAUACGCUGAGGGAGAGUGAUUUCUUUAUUUUUUUAAAGUAAAGAUAAGGUCAUUGCGAUGUUUCAUCAGAUGUUGAAUCAGUAGCAUGUGAUAGCUCUGAUUUCAUUUAUCGGCUGCACUUUUAGAAUUUCAAUGUAUUUAUACUUUGCAGAUUUUGCACAAAUAUGUAAAUAGGUAUGGUGACAUGAUCAAAUGUAUUUGUUUAAAAAACAGUAACUGUUUGUCCUAAAGUUGUGUUACUUUUGGCAUAUGUUUAUAUACAGUAUAUCGUCAUGUUGUUGACUGGCUCAACAACAAUGUCAUACAAUGUUUUGUAUUUGCUCUUUGUUUUUCUAUGAAUAAAUUUGGAUGAAAUCAUU